CCGCAGGAUCAGGCAGGCAGGCAGAGGAAACACCUGUGGAGGGCGAGGGGCCUCCCUCGGCUCGAAGGACAUAAGCCGGGCGAGGGGAGGGGUGCGGUUUCCAGAAUGCAACAGGGUGUCGCCCCCCACUAGUCCACCUUCUGGUCUUCCUCCUGUGCGCAAGCCCCCUUUGGGUACAACAAUGGAUCUUGUCCUGGCAUAUGCAGAUGACUCCGUUUUGACGCCAUAUGUUUAUCCAGCAGCAUGGCCAGAAGAUAACCCUUUUCGACAGUUUAUUAGCCUUAUUGUCAUAACAAAUGUGGGUGCUCUUGUCCUUUAUUUUCUGAUUGGCAGUCUCAACUACUACUUCAUAUUUGAUCACUCGCUAAAGAAACAUCCUCAGUUUUUGGAGAAUCAAGUGCAGCGUGAAAUCAAAUACACUCUCAAAUCAAUGCCAUGGAUCAGUGUCCCCACUGUUGCCAUCUUCUUUGCUGAAGUCAGAGGCUACAGCAAACUCUAUGAUAACAUUGAAGACUCUCCUUAUGGUUGGUUUGGUGUUAUCCUCAGCAUGCUCUCUUUCCUCUUCUUUACUGAUAUGUGUAUCUACUGGAUUCAUCGAUUUCUUCAUCAUAAGCUCUUGUAUAAGCGUUUGCACAAGCCCCAUCACGUGUGGAAGAUCCCAACUCCAUUUGCAAGCCAUGCUUUUCACCCAAUGGAUGGCUUCCUUCAAAGCGUCCCUUAUCACAUCUACCCAUUCCUUUUCCCCCUGCACAAGGUGACCUAUUUGGGCCUCUAUGUCUUCGUCAAUAUCUGGACAAUCUCCAUCCAUGACGGGGACUAUCAUGUUCCUGGCGUACUGAAGGAAAUUAUCAAUGGUGCCGCCCAUCACACUGAUCACCAUUUGUACUUUGAUUACAACUAUGGCCAGUAUUUCACGCUCUGGGAUAGAAUUGGGGGCUCAUACAAAAACCCUUCUGCUUUUGAAGGGAAAGGGCCCCAUGAUUAUUUGAAAAAGCUAAUAGAAAGCAAAUCGAGCAGUUUUAAAAAUGGCUGUGGGGAUGAGGGAGUGCUAGAGGAAGGCAGUUUUAAAAAUAAAUAGGCCUCUCCCUUUCCAAGGAUAGGAAAGCCCUAUAUGCAUUAUUUUUAAAUAACUGUAUAUAAACUUCCCUUUCCUGUAACACAACUGGGAGACAGGCAACUGUAGACAUCACUCAGAAAUCUUGGUGAUGGAAUUAUAUAGUUGAUAAUUAAGUUGUUCUGUAAUGAAGACUAUGCUUGGUAAGGCAGAAAUACAUUAAGUUGUGAGUUGCAAAGCAACAACUUUGUUGGAUACAGUAAUGGAGAAAAUGCCUGUAGCUGAUGAUGCUAAUGGUAAGUUAAUUUGGGAACACUGCUUUUUCUUGCACGAUACAUAGGAGCCGAAACCUGACAUGAACUCUGUUGCCAUUGGAAUAAGUUUAGAAGCCAUUUGCUUCUUUGUGUGACCCUUAACACUCUUGAAUCCAUAGUUUGCAGUUCAGUUGUAAUUCCAGCAAGAUGGUAUAAGUCAAUGUGUGGAGUUGACAAACUAGACAGCAGCCUUUGUGACUGCAUUUACUAGCGUGAAAAUGGGCUUGCAGGAUGAAUAUCAAACAUGCAACAUUCAUGUCACUUUCUGUUUUCCAAGUGCCCCAGUUUAUCAGAUAAGAUAAAACGGGUGGUUUUUCAUGUCCAGAUUGCUUUAUAGGUGGUUUUCAAAAGAUGCUCCCUAACGUUUUAGAAAAUAUGUGUUGAAAUGCCCUUUUUUCUUGUACAGCAAGGUUGAUGCCUGGCUUCUGUUGUGGAGUAGAUACUUGUUUGGUAUUUCAAUGUCCCUCUGUUGAAAGCAUCAUAUAAUGCAAAUGCAGAAAAUAAGGCAAAGGAACUAUUGCUAUGUUUUCAGAAUGCCUUUGUUAUACUUUCAGGAAUCCUUUGGAUGAUUAUCUUAUAGGGAAUCGCAAUGAAGCAUACGGUAACAUUGCCUUUCCAUAGAGUGCAUUGUAUAUUAGAAACAAAGCAAUGUGAUCUAGUUAAAGACAAAAAUGAUCAGAUUCUCAAGGUUGUAGAGCGCUCUUUGCAAUUCUCAAGGGGCCAUAUGAGAGUGAAGGGGACAGAGGUUUGGUCAAGUGGAAAAAAAGCCGUCUUAGGAAGUUUUUUUAAAGAGCUGAAUCCCAUUGCGGAGUUGGCUUCCAUUUUGAGCCUUGUCAGUGGCUCCAGUUCACCAGUAAGUUUAUAUUAGUGGUGCUUGCAUUAGUCAACUUAUUAGUAGAUUAAACCCAGAACAUUUUCUAAGCUGUCUCAUUGGCUCUUCAUUUUCGCAAUUUGCUGUUACUUUCUUUCCUCUCAGCAUGUGUCACUUUGAAGUCUAAAUGCCAAAAACAUUCAUUUCAACAGUGCUAUGCCUUACUGCUUUGAUAUAGACAAAUACAUAGAAUUUCAGAGACGUUGCAAAAAAGAAGUUCUCUGUUUGAUAAUUAUAUCAUAUGAAGGAUUGUGUUUUCUGGUUAAGCCAGGCAGCAGCCUGUGAAAACUGUCUUUUUCUUUUUUUAAAAAAAGGUUUUCAAGAGAUAAAAGCACGACUGCUAUUAAAGUUAUGAAGCUUUACAAAUUACCUACAAAUUAAUGGAAGUUGUGAGCUUUCUAGAACUACAUAAGGCAUAUGUCACAAGUAAGUUUGCUUGUGUGUGCCGUUUUCCUUGUAUCCAGAACUUGGUAAAGAAGCAAAAAAUAUCCACUGAAGAUUUGAGACCAAAACUUUCUGGCCUUCAGAAUAAAGGAGGGCAGGAAGUGCCCCCCCCACACACACACCAAUUGAGACCAUGCCAUAUUAUAGAGGUGAGUCAUUGAUGACUGUAGUAAACGACUUUGGGUCCUUUUUUGGGCAGCCCUUCCACCAAUUAGGUUAAUUGCAUCCAUUCAUGCUGGGGAGCAACUUAGUGCUACUUAGUAAUACUAUGUAUAUGUGGUGAUAAUUGUAUUUUGCAAGGAUACAGCUUGAAUUUUUUUUUAAGCCCCCCAUUAUUGUGCAUGACAUUUUGUGGGCAGAAAUCAUAAGGGUCCUGUUGGAGAGGAACUUCCAUUGAUUAGGCAACAAAGCAUCUUCAUAGUGAAUGCCUCACUGUCCUUUCACAUAACCCCCAGCACUUAUGAAACAAAUCCCAUAGUAAUUCUUUUGCUCUCCGACAUCCACGUCCUUGCUUGGGUAGGAACAGGGAGAAGGUGAAGAAAGCUGAGUUCAGGUUGCUGUUGUUUUUUAAUGUGGAAAGCUAUCUCUACUGUUGAGAGGAUCAUGAAUAAUUCCACCCUACUAAAGGAUCUGAACACCUUGUGUUUUUCCUUCUCUUAAAAUACAUAUAUGCAUCUCUUCAGCUGAAGAUGCAAAUUAACACAGGCUGCGUGAGAUUCAGUCUAGGGGUUCUUGAAAGCUGCCACUGAAUAAGGAACUGCUGAAGCCAUCUGACAUUAUUUGAAGAUCCGUCGUUGACUGUUGCAGUAGAGAGAAGUCAGCUGGUUCUGACUGGAGUAUUUGGGACAAUGAUCAAGAGGAAGGCAGUGAGAAAAUCUUGUUUACCGGUAUAUUUUAUGUGGCUGUGGGGAUCUCUGAUGCGUGUGCACAGCUAUCUUACCUGUUGGUAUGUUUUAAUGGCCAUGCGAGCUCUUGUCUUGGCUGUGCCCAUCACUGGAAUGCAGCUGCUGGAGGGUUAGGCAAGAGCAACUGCAGGCCAAAAAUAGGUUACUCACCUUUGGUUUGAAGUGGCAAGUUUGCAGAAAGGGUUCUGCCCCCACUCCAAACCUUGGCAUAACCAUUAGUUAAGUCAGACAUUCUGUCUGUCUCUUUCCUAAAGAGUUACAAAACAAACAGGGAUAAUAGGGGUUUGUAUUUGGUUGUCUGUAAAUAAUAAAAAAGUGACUGUAGCUUCGAAUGGCUGUCGAAUGGAGUUGUUGAUCUGCUUGUUGAUCACUCAUACUAAUGUUUCCUGGUGACAAAUAAUAAAGAAUUUUGAAAGGAA